AUGCAUUCCACUCUUGUGCGGCUGGCUGAAUCUAUUUCCAAGAGACCUCUAAACCUCCAAAAAACAAGUGCUAUUCUUCUCCCACCCCUACCACUAUACCGGAGAAUCCUUCGUGCUCAUCGCUCACUUCCGUAUGAGAUGCGGUCACUAGGUGACGACUACGUCAGAGCCGAAUUCCGACGGCAUCAAGAGAUAGAAAACAAAGUACACGUAAUUGGUUUCCUAUCACAAUGGAAACAGUAUCUCGAUGAGCUACCUGUUGGCCCCGAAGCUAAGCACUUCACGGGCAAGAAAUUAGAUCCGACAGUUCUGGAGAAGAUGUCUGCAGAGCAGCUAGGUCAGCUUUACGAGUUGAUGCAUGCCACGAAGGACGUCUGGAAGCCCGUUGGUGAGGAUACGGAAGUAGGCGUGAAGCCAUGA